CGCCGCUCCCCUCCGCCGCUCCGUCCGGCCCGCGCUCUGUCUGCGGGGCGAUGGCUGUCCGCUCCCUGCGGCGCUUCGGGACCGGCCUUUCUCUCGGCGGUGCGACGCGGCGCGGCAGCUUUUAUUUCAGGGCAUCCUCCUGUAUUUUCAGCACUGCAGCUCAGCAGAGAAGUACAGGAGACGAGUGUGGCCCAGAAGAUCCACGUGAUGAGCCCAGGCAUCCCCUUUCUGACUGUGCCUUAGAGCACAAAGCCAUCAAAUUGGAAGAACAAGUCCGAGAUCUAACUGAGCGAUACCGGAAGGCCUUGGCAGAUUCUGAGAAUGUCCGGAGGAGAACGCAGAAGUUUGUGGAAGAUGCCAAGCUAUUUGGGAUCCAGAGUUUCUGCAGGGACCUUGUGGAGGUAGCUGAUAUCUUGGAGAAGACUGCCGAGAGUGCUGCAGAAGACGCAGAACCUAGCAAUCCUAAUCCAACCCUGAAGAAAAUCUACGAAGGCCUCUCUCUCAUAGAGGCCAAACUGCAAAGUGUGUUUGCCAAACAUGGCCUUCAUAAGAUGAACCCUGUUGGGGGCAAAUAUGAUCCAUACGACCAUGAAAUAGUCUGCCACGUACCAGCCGAGGGGCUGCAGCCAGGCACGAUCGCGCUGGUGACUCAGGAUGGUUAUAAACUCCACGGUCGCACUAUCAGACACGCACUCGUCGGUGUGGCUGUAGAGUCACAGGAAUGACAUGGGCUUACCCGGGGCAUCUGGGACCUUACUGAGCUGAGGACCCCUCAGCACUCAGUCACAGCUGCAGCUGCAUGUCUUUACUUAUUUAUUAAGCUAGGUUUGUAUUGUAUGUUGGCUUUAUACUGUGUGCAGUCAUUUUGCCAUGAGUUCUAAGGUACUUGUAUAUUUAACAAUCCUUUUUGAAGUAUGUGGAGUAGCAGCAGGAGUCUGCAGUUUGUCAGAAACGUGGCACUGUAGCCCCUUCUUCAUUGCUCAUUUCCCCAUCAAUAUUUUAUGGGGAAGAGGGGACGUAGGGGAAAGAAAGGGAAAUCUCCAAGAGUUAAGGAGUCUUGUCUCCUGGUUCCACUUCUGAGAUAGACUUCUGCAGUGGCCUUCAGGAAAGUAACUUCUCCACCUCAGUUUCCGUAUCUGUAGUAAAGGAAUAUAAUAAUACUGACCUACCUCACAGGAAUGUGGUGAGCCUUUGUCUUUGCAAAGCACUCAGAGAGGAAAAGCCCAAAGAGCUGAGUAUUAUUGUCAGGUUGGAUUUUGUUGUCUUUCCUUGUCCCCAGACUGAUAAGGGGGGGGAUGAAGUUCAUCACUUGAAAUUAAAUUUAGAGGCAGCUUUUUCUUGUGUCACUUCAGGAAAACAAUCUUGAAUUAAUGAAAUAUGUGUCGUACUACAGAUGAAUAAGGAUGAUGCUUUAAAGACAAUCCAGUUGUUAAGCCAGGCUAACAAGUUCAUAUUUGUUCUCUAGGUAGAAUUUCAGUUUGCCUCCGUGUUCCUUGGUAAAGCAAGAACAUGGCUCUCAAACCUCUUUUCCCCAGCCAGAAACAUAUUUUUAAGAGAGUAAUUUCUCUCCCCUGAUGGAUAUUUGUGCAGCUUUCAAGCAUGAUAAACUAUAUGCUCUUUGUUGCAGCUGCUGGCAAAAUGGAGAUGUGCCCUUCAGCAGAAAAUCUGGACUGUUCUAUUUCCUCAUCUCUCUGAUAAUGAUACUCAAAUAACACUCAGAUAACUUACAGUUCACAUUCAGAUUCUACUUUUGUACAGUCAUAGUAAAUAUUACACCUUUUGGGUUUUGACACAAGGAGAAAAAUGUCUUCUACUAAAAGUCUCAAGUGCCCUUGAAACAAUUUUAGCAGCAGUGACAAGAAAGCGAGAGAAGUAGAAGGCUGACUUCAAGCCAUCCUCUUCAGUGGAGGCAUGUUGUUGUCACAGCAUGGCAGAUGUAUUUCCCAGUGGUCCUUUUGCCUGGGAGUCCAAACUAAAUCAGUCAGUUUAUGUCGGCUGAAAGGAUGCAGUCCAUGAGUAAGAUCAGAAUUUAACUCUUAACAGAGUAGCAAGCAGUCUAAUGGCAGAAGACAUGUAUAAACCAUCCUGUGGUCUGCAUCACGCAAAGCCAAGGCAAGAAUGGUUGUUUUCAGGUUGUUUCUUACAGAUUCCUUAAUUCCUGCCUUUCUGCUUUCUGAAAUUGGACCCAUAGCCUGACAGUUAUUUGAGAUCCACUUGCAAAAACUUUUUACUUAUGAUGGAUGUCAUCAGCGGCUUGGAAGAAAGCUUAUUCUUCUCCCAUUCCUUUGCAGGCUUCAGUUGCAUAAUCCUUUUGUGGUGGACUUCAAGAAUACCACAGCCUUCAAUUAGCAGCUAUCAACAGGCUUUCAUCUGGGAAGUCUGUGCAGCUAGUUGGCUAUCAUUCCACGAAUUUAAGGAAAUGCACAUUUCUAAUAUGCUCUGUGCAAGCUGCUUUAGUGUGGGUAAUUCAGUAGUGGAUACUUUCUGAAGUGUGUUUUUUUGCUUCUGUGUUAGGUUUUGAGGCAGGUACUUGAGAUUUGAACCCUGAAACAGUGCUUCACAGCAGCAUUUGAUCACUUUGGACAGAUCUCUUGUUCAGUGCUCUUGUUUUAGCAUGUUGCUCAGAAUUUCAGAGGCAUAGAGGAGUUCAUAUUCAUUAUUUUGCUGGUCUACAUGCUAACUGGGUCACCAGGUUGUACUAUUACUCAAGACAAAGAAUGACUAAAAAGGCCAGUUAAGUAUGUAACAUGCAAUGCAAGUCUUGCUGUUCUGCCUCAAGACUGUCUACAGCCUGCUCUGAGCAAUCCAUAUCUUCAGGUAGAAAGGAGUUUGUGGGUUCUCUGUUGCCUCUUCAGGCCCUGCUAGACCAGCUGAGUUCUUUUUUGCAACAUGAGGGUAAAGUCGUUUAUGGAAACUGAUUUUGAAUGUGAAACUUUUUUUAUAAGGAACAAAACAAAAGCAGAGGCAUUUUACACCAGAGAUAGUUUUCUCUCAUAGAAAGGCUGCAGCUCACCUGAACUCGACUUAUAAGUAGUGUGUGACAGGUAAUGACAAAGUCCAAAUCCUUUCUAAACUGACCCACAGAGUCACUUGACUAUGAAAGGAUACUACAGCUACUUGGUCCACCUUUGAACUAUUAGCCAAGCCUGCCUCUUCAACUAAUACUGACCCAUUUUUGCCUUAAAGAAAUACCCUGAAAUGCACUCCAGGGCCUUCUGUUUGUACUUACUGCUUACUGAUUCUGCUUGUGUAUUUGGAAUCCACUUUCACUAAGGCACUGCUCUGUUGCUAGAGCAGAAAUCCGAGGGAUCCAGUUCCCCUGAAGUCUUGCUUACCUUCUCCCAGGCCCUGACUCAUUUUGGGCAAGCUAUUUUUCCAGUUUAUGCCCCAUUUUUUUUCUUAGUCUCCACACUUCUAGAGGAUCUUACCAGACUUUUAAGAUGUUUACUGUAAGAUGUACCCUCUGCAUAGAGACUCUCUCAGAGAAGUUACCAAAGAGAUAAAUACUGUAGCUGUUGUUUGUUCUAGUUUCUGCUUCCUUUGAAUGGUGAUGUGAAAAUGAAAUAACCAAACUUGGAUUCACAGAAUCCAGAUUUCCAUGGCAGAAUCUCAUUCUCUUGCCUUUCAAGCACACUUAAUGAUCUCUUUUGUUGUAGAUGAGGUUAUGUAAGCGUGGAUUGAAUUUCUCCUCUCUAGGUUCUUGCUCCCUUGUCUGGUCAGUGUAAAAUUUGCACACUCAGCAUGGUGGGGCAAAGUCCCUGAUGGUGCAGUUCCAUUGCACUCAGCAGAGUUACAGUAGAGAGGACAGUGACCUAUGAGCUUUUUCUCUCUGGUCCCUUUAUUCAAUGACUGUUUGUUAAAACACUAAUAUAUAUGUUAUAAUGUUAUAUAUGUUAAAAAAGUUGUAUAUAACAUUUAGUAAAUGUUAGCAGGGACACAGUGGCAGAGGAGAGGAAGUGUCACAUACCUCUUAGUCACUUAGACUCCAUUUUCUCAGUCAUAAACUGAAGAGCUUGAGCUGGAAAUGUGGACAACUAGCUAAGACAUGUGGGUGAAGGUGAUGCAAGGACCUGCAUUUCUGCUCUUGGGCAGCAGGCAGCCCUGCUGAACAUGGGCCUGUGUUCUAUAACCGUGCUGUACUCCAUCAGCGGGAUGUAUGAGAUGAGCUGGACAAGUCUCCAGUGGCACUCUUGGGAGUCUGGCAGCGUCUUAGCUCUGACCAGGAGCAGUACAGAAUGUGAAUGUUGCAUUGUGAACCUUCAGUUCUCAGUGCUUCAUCAGCAGAGCUUCUGUUGAGAAACAGCUGUGAUAAAUCAAUAGCUGUUACCAGUCCUUUCCUUUAAGAAAAAAAAAAAAGUAUUUAAGUUUUAUAUUGUGAAUAUUGUAGUAUUUUUUUAUUUUUAAACUUGAAGAUGUUUUGGUAUUACUUGCAAAGUCAAAUGAACAAAGUGUGGCUAAUCUCCAAAAACCCAUUCCUUUGGUGGGAAACCUGUAUAUAUAUUGUAUGUUUUUGUGUUUCUGUGCUCUUUGUUUACCCAAAGGCUCUGGCUGUGUGAAAGACAAAAGACUGAAGUGCAGGAGUGGUGCAAGCAUUUGACAAGAACGUUUGAGUCAAUGCUGGAAAGGACUGAUUCGCUUUAGGUGUCCAGAUACUGCCCAUUUGCAAAUAAUAAUAAUAAUAAAUGUA